UGUUUAAUAAUAGUAUUAUUUAAAUUAUAUAAUGUCGCAAGAAACUAAAAAAGGAAAGAAAAAACAGGUAACAAGGGAGAAAACGAACCAUAAAGAAGAGAAAUCCGAGGAAAAUGCGAAAAAAGAUUCAAAUGAAAACGUCAAAUUAAAGUAUGGCCCAUCUGUAACAUUUCCUUAUCAAAGGAUAUGGUCACGUUCUGCUCUAAUCCUAACAGUGUUAUUUAUUGUUUGGUAUAAUAGUAAGCAGGGUAAAGAAAUAUCCUUAGCAAAACAGAAAGAAAUUUUAUUAAGCCGUACACAACACGUUGAAUGUUCGAAUGAUUAUAAAGCUGAGACAAGCGAAUAUCCCGAGUGUGUACCAGAGAAAUGUGGAAGGAUAGUUUCAGAUAAAUUAGUCUCGUCAACAGAAACUGAUGUUUUGUUAAAGAUAGCAAUGAACGGUUUAAGUUUAGGGGGUUCUGACGGAGGUGCAAGUAUUUUAGACCUUCACUCUGGUGCAUUGAGUAAAGGUCGUGAUUUUAUUAAUAUCUAUACAUUGCCAGAGGCAAAAACAAUAUUCAACAGUGCUGAUUUUGCAAUUUAUAAAGUAGUAAGAACUAAAAUACAACACGCAGUGGCACACAAUUUUGGUGUUCCCGCUAAUAAAAUAUUUUUAACAAAGCCAACAUUCUUUUCACGAAUGACUAAUGUAUCUGCGCAAACAAUACACGAUGAAUAUUGGCAUCCUCACAUUGACAAGGAAACAUAUCAAUCAUUUGAUUACACAAGUUUGCUUUACCUAAACGAUUACGGAAGAGAUUUUGAAGGAGGUCGAUUCAUAUUUAUCGAUAAAGACAGCGUUAACACAACCGUAGAACCCCGGAAAGGUAGAGUAUCCAUGUUCACCUCGGGUAGUGAAAAUUUACACGCGGUUGAAAAAGUGCAAUCUGGAAUUCGUUAUGCGUUAACUGUAUCUUUUACUUGCAAUCCAAACGCUGCAAUUUCUGAUCCAAAGUAUCGAGCAAUGCAAGAAAAAUAAAUUUUUCUUUAAUAAAUAAAUAAAGUGCAUGAACAUUCCAU